CGGCGUUGCCCCGCAGCCGCUGCCGACCGGGGCCGGGCCCAGCCGAACCGGCCCGAUCCCGGCCGAACCCGGCCCGAACUCACCCGAGCCCGGCCGAACUCUCCCGAACCGGCCCGACGCCAUCUCGGCCCUCUCCUCCUCCGGUAACGAGGGUUCGUCAUUGAAAAACCAUGGAAGACUAUACAAAGAUAGAGAAAAUUGGUGAAGGUACCUACGGUGUGGUGUAUAAAGGCCGACACAAAACCACCGGUCAAGUGGUGGCUAUGAAGAAAAUCCGACUAGAGAGUGAGGAGGAAGGGGUCCCCAGUACUGCAAUUCGAGAAAUAUCUCUUUUGAAAGAGCUUCGUCAUCCAAAUAUAGUAUGUCUUCAAGAUGUGCUUAUGCAAGAUGCCAGACUGUACCUAAUCUUUGAAUUCCUUUCCAUGGAUCUCAAGAAAUAUUUGGAUUCUAUCCCUCCUGGCCAGUAUAUGGAUUCUUCUCUGGUUAAGAGUUAUUUGUACCAAAUCCUACAAGGUAUUGUGUUCUGUCACUCAAGAAGAGUUCUUCACAGAGAUUUAAAACCCCAGAACUUGUUAAUAGAUGAUAAAGGAGUAAUUAAAUUGGCAGACUUUGGACUUGCACGAGCCUUUGGAAUCCCCAUAAGAGUUUACACACACGAGGUAGUUACCCUUUGGUACAGAUCUCCGGAAGUGUUACUAGGAUCUGCUCGCUAUUCGACUCCUGUAGAUAUAUGGAGCAUAGGCACAAUAUUUGCGGAAUUAGCAACCAAGAAGCCACUCUUCCAUGGGGAUUCUGAGAUUGAUCAGCUGUUCAGAAUUUUCAGGGCUUUGGGUACCCCCAAUAAUGAAGUAUGGCCAGAGGUGGAAUCCUUGCAAGAUUAUAAGAACACAUUUCCCAAGUGGAAACCAGGGAGCUUGGCAUCCCAUGUCAAAAACUUGGAUGAAAAUGGAAUAGACUUGCUCUCGAAAAUGUUAGUUUAUGAUCCUGCAAAGCGAAUUUCUGGCAAAAUGGCAUUGAAUCAUCCAUACUUUAAUGAUUUGGACAAAUUUAACCUUCCAUCCAGUCAAAUAAAGAAGUUCUAGCAUUCUCUCAAUGUUUCUAAGUAUGUUUAUCAAGAAUGAACAGUCAUAUUUUACUAUUAACUCUAUUGUGUGUUUUUUGUAUAUGUCUCUUCUCUGUUAUAAAACGGAAUCUGUACUUGGUCUUCUGAUUUCAAAUGUGUCCUUUAACAUGUAAAUAUCAUAAUAGAUUUAAAUACAAUGAUGUUGUAUAUGUAGACCUCACUAUUACUGCUUUUUGUUUCUUUAAAAAAAACACUUUAAAUACAGUUUUCUAAAUGUUUAACUUUAAAUCCAGCAUUGAUAUGCAGGGUGGAGGGAAAACUGAGCCAAUUUAUGUAAUCAACACUUCUGGAAUCUUGCAUAUUUAAGCUGUUACAAAUUAUGGGCUGCAAAUCAAACUCAACUUUCAUUAUGUCAUUAAUUUCUUUAUAACCCACUAUUGGGUAUUAUGUGUUUGGAAGUUUAUUGCCACUUCCUGCAACAAUGUCAUCUUGAAAAUAUUACUUUCUGAGUCAUUACCGUAGCAGGUGGUAGGGGGCCCAUGGAAGAACUUAUUAAUGUUACUGCAAAAAUAAAGAUGUAUAAGUUCCAA